UCCUUGUCUUUGACUGGAGACCAACGAGGAGAGAGAGGCGGACGAUAACAGCAUCCUUUGCUGUUAUUCAGCCAUCAACACCAUCUCAAAUGAACUGCUCGCAAAGAAAGACCUGAUCGUGCCUCCUGCUUUUUGCAGGGCAGAGAUACUGAUCAGUGUCUAAAACACUGCAUAUCCCCUUUUUUUUUUUCUUAUGAAAUUAUUUUUUCAUAGGCUCCUUUUUUUUUUAAUUUCAAGCUCUCUGUAAGCCUCAUCUCUUUCCACCAUGGUGCUAGGAAAGGUAAAGAGCUUCACAGUGAGCUACGACUGUCUCAAUGACAGCAAUGUCCCCGUCUUCUCCAGCGGGGACUGCGUCUCAGGGAGGGUGAUCAUCGAAGUCACCGGAGAGAUCCGCGUGAAAUCUCUCAAAAUCCACGCGAAAGGAUUUGCUAAAGUUCGUUGGACUGAAUCUAGAAACGCUGGAUCCAACACUGCCUACACGCAAAACUACACAGAAGAAGUGGAAUAUCUCAAUCACAAAGAUAUUUUAAUUGGGCACGAGAGAGACGAUGACAACUCGGAGGAAGGACUCACCACUAUCCAUUCAGGAAGACAUGAGUAUGCAUUCAGCCUCGAGCUUCCACAGACACCUCUGGCUACCUCUUUCGAAGGGAAGCAUGGCAGUGUGCGCUAUUGGGUAAAGGCAGAACUCCACAGGCCAUGGCUCCUGCCCAUGAAGACCAAGAAGGAAUUUACAGUUUUUGAGCACAUUGACAUCAACACUCCAUUAUUGCUGUCACCACAGGCCGGCACGAAAGACAAGACGCUUUGCUGUUGGUUCUGCACCUCAGGUCCUAUUUCCCUAAGUGCCAAAAUUGAAAGGAAGGGAUACACCCCAGGAGAGUCGAUCCAGAUCUUUGCUGAGAUUGAGAACUGCUCGUCCCGCAUGGUGGUGCCAAAGGCAGCCAUCUACCAGACCCAGACCUUCUAUGCCAAAGGGAAGAUGAAGGAGGUCAAGCAGCUGGUUGCCAACCUGCGCGGAGAGUCUCUGUCCUCGGGCAAAACGGAGACCUGGAGCGGCAAGAUGCUGAAGAUCCCACCCGUCUCGCCCUCCAUCCUGGACUGCAGCAUCAUCAGAGUGGAGUACUCCCUCAUGGUUUACGUGGACAUACCUGGGGCGAUAAACCUGUCCCUGAACCUGCCCCUGGUCAUCGGGACCAUCCCCCUCCACCCCUUCGGCUCCCGGACCUCCAGCGUCAGCAGCCAGUGCAGCAUGAGCUGGCUGGGCAUGGGGCUGCCUGAGAGGCCUGAAGCUCCUCCAAGCUAUGCAGAAAUUGUGACAGAAGAGCAGAGGCGGAGCAGUCUGGACGUCCCAGCAGCCCGCGAGGAGCUGGACGGACCUCUCUUCGCCUACAUUCACGAGUUCCGCUUCCAGCCUCCUCCUCUGUACUCUGAGAUCGAUCCUAAUCCAGAUCAUGCCAGACGCACAGAGGAGCGCCGGCUCGACGCCUGUCCAUCACGCUGAAGGGUAUUCCUGAAAUUCCCCCUGACCGACUUGGGGAUCUCUACAGAAACCUGCUUGCAAGGCUCAGCUUUGUUUAUUUUUCUCCAACAGCGACGUUCACACAACGCUGUUGCCAUCAAGAGAAAAACAAAGCAUCCAACCAACCAACAAAGACUUGGACAGUUGAGUUGGGUUGGACAAAUCUGUUCCUGCCUUCCCUCAGCGAGAGAAAUAGGAGUCACUAGUUUGGGGCAUCGCUUCCUUCCUGUGUCAGCCUGCUGAGGGAUGGAUGUAUACAGAUGAACACAUAUUCAGUCUGUGUGACUAAACCCCACUGGUAGCGAGAGCCCUGGCGAUACUAUUGACGAUGAAGAAUCAGCGAGCCUCAGCCUACCAAGCUCUUCUUUAACCCCUUGAUUAUUCUGUACUCAUGGCACAUAAGGACAUGGCUUCUCACACAAAGGGCAGGAGUAAUCAUGUCCCGACUUCAGCAGAAUCGCCUAAAGAAAACGGCACGAAGAGAGAAAAAUAACAACGUUCUAACCACCAUAUAGUCUGUAUGAAUGAGAGCAUUCAGCAGUCAACAACAGAGCAAAGACUAGGUCCUCCUGCCUCAUUUUUGGAUUUUUGUUUUGCACAUUUUAUUCUUUACUUGAGUUGUGUGGCUCUGUUUAAUGAGAACUGAAGAAAAAAAAAAAAUCACUAAUAGUUUGGUUCCAGCCUUGUAAUGCGCCAGACUAAGAAUAUGAGACUGCAGGCUUAACUUUUAAGACUUUUAUCUGCAUAUAACUUUGAGCAACGCUGAGAACAGGAUUUUGGAAAAAAGAAAAGAAAGAUUGACAAGGACAAGAACAAUGCACUGAAUUUGUUUUAAGAUAUUUCUUUUUCUCCUUAUGACAUUUCCUCAGUGACUUACAACGACUAGACUGGACUUUUACAAACAACUGCAGCACAUUAUCUCCAUCUGGAAGCUCUUUAAGAUGUUGCCUCCUCAGCUUGGAUCCACGUGUGGCUUCCCUCCUCUUCUAGUUUAGUUCUGUUGUUUUUGUAUUUAGCUCCAAUCGUAGAAUAGCUUUUAGCCUUUUUUGUGUUGAGGUUGCUCUGGAUUUGGACUAGGAGGGUUGCAGACCUGCAUUUGCCGCUCAAAUUGUAGCUGAGGAGAAAAGUGUGAGUCUGUGUGUGAGUGUGUGCAUGAUCGGAGAGGGUGGUACAUUGCGGAGGGACUCGCCUCACCCUAAUUACCUGCAGCCCCUCUACUCUUUAUCUCAGGGCAAGCCAGGCUUGCAUAACUGCCCAAAAAGCACUGUCUCAGGUGGUCGUCUCACUUGCCAAACGGUUGGAAAAAAAAGAGAAAAAAUGUUGGGUUUUUUUGUUUUAAAUUGCACUGUUAAAAAUAAUGACGUUUUUUUUUUUUUUUAAAACUACCAAAACGAGAGAAUAGACUGCAGAGAAGCAAGGCAGCUUUCUGAGAUUUAUCACAUUCCCUUUUUGUCCUGCUGCAUUUGCCCAGUUCAUCCAACAAACACUUAGAUUUUACCAGACCAGUGAAGCCAGAAUGCUCGCUAUAAAAAGAAAAGAAGGAAAAAGAGGAGUGACGCUGCUUCUGCGUUAAAGGAGCAAACCCAGCACAAAUGAAAAGCUGGGGACGUUGCUAAACCUCUGUUCAGACUGGUCAGAACAAGUAGUAGUAGGUUGACAUGAGUAAUACAUUGGUUUUCUAACUCAUUCAACACAAAAAGACCAGUUGCAACAGAGGUUUGACAUAGUCAGGAAAAAAAAAGAAAAGCAGCACCUUUUUGAUAAAAUAAUAAUAAUAAAAAAAAAAAGCAUUCAAUGGUGAAGGUCUGGAGAAAAACCAUUUGGUACUAACCAUGUUAUACUAGAGGAUUUUUCAGUAAAGCAGUGUUGUGUAGGACUUUAAUGCAUUAUUUAAUUUUUUUUUUAAGAUUAGUGACUUUUUUUUUAAAGUUUACAUUUUAGCUGACACAAGUUUGUAUGUGUUGUGUGCGUGUGUGUGUGCGUGUGUGUGCACGCUCUUAUCGAGAUCCAGCUGGCAACUAAAUAUACAGCUUCUGACAGUAAACGACAAGCUGCAGAUUAUUAAAGUGAUCUUAUCUUAGUGGCCUUGACACAGAAAAGACCUGAUCAUGAUUCUUCAUUUUUCAGUGUCUACGUUUAACUAUUGUUCUCCUUUUUAUUAUGUUUGUACAUAUCCGUAUGUUUUAGAUCUUUCCAUGUUUAUUCAUAAAAGGACAAAAAGGGAAGAGGAAAAAAAAAAAGUCCUUUUUUAGAAGCAAGUGUUUUAAAGAAAUGACAUCCUGGACAGGCCUCUCGAUUGUGUUAUUUUUCUGAAGCUGAUGAGGGUUGACUAUUAUUUUAUUUCCAUGUAUUUCUGGGCAUUGAUGUAGUUUGCUUCCUAGUUUAACAAGCGACGUUCCUGAGUUAGUCUAAUCGCCCUCAGGCCUGGGGGGGGCAGCUGUUGAUCAGCACCCUCCCCACCCUCUGAGAAACAUUUAGGUAACAUGGGAUAGCAGACAAACAGCUUCUUCCACAUUAAACUAUCCUGAUCUAUUUGUUUUUUGCAGUUCUUUGUUUGGAUUUUUAUCUUAGGGAAACUGAAUCGCGCUACACGGUAAUGAAUAAGCUUACAUAUUUGUUUCAGGUUGGUCAAUUCCAUAGUCCAUUUGCUUGGGCCGCAGAGUAGUCCAGUGUCAAAACUAAGCUAAACUCCUGACCUUAAUAAAAGGCAGGAACUGAAAUGUUCAGAGAUAAAGAACCUGGGAGACGGGAUCUGAAACAUUUUAGAAACAAAGUGCAAUAUCACUCACUGAAUUUUUCUUCAUUCUCCAUUUGUAUGUUUGUUUUGACCUUUUUCUGUCUGUCAAUCAUGACGAUGUAUAGAUAUUCUAUGAAUAUACUACGUUCUGAAUGGUUUAACCUUUUGUCUAGUUCUUCCUUUUGAUUUGAAUAAACGUUUUGUUCUAAAUUACAA